CAUCUAUAAUGAGAUCUAAUACCCCUCUUCUGGUAUGCAGGUAGGACACUGUAUACAUAAUAAAUAAAUAAAAAUAUUAUAUGUAUAUAUUGCCAUCUCAUUUGCAGUGGAGACCCCAUGAGUGACAGGUCAUGGAAAGUGGAUACAUGCAAACAUCCAGACCAUCCACUAUGAUCAAGUCACUUUUAUUCUAGAAAUUGAGGCUUGGUUCAGCUUCUUUGGAGCUGUCUACCUAGUAGUGGAGUAGCCAAAUCAUUCAGAUAGUUGUAUUUUUAGGUUUUUGAAGAUCAUGCACAGUGUUUUUCCCAAAGUGUGCUCCAAUUUACUUGAAUACCAACUUAACAUCAAUGUUGUUGUUAUCCAUGAUCCUUUCUAGCAGCUUUGCUUUGCGCAUUUCAUAUCGAGUGAAUUCUGAGACUAGGCUGCAGGCAGCUGUCACCAUCAGAAAGUCUUUUAACAAGGUGUAGAAGAUCCUGCAGAGAAAAGAAGGAACUUCUGUCAUUCCCAGAUGUGGCCAUUAAUUUCUCUGCAGAGGAGUGUGAAUGCCUGAACCUUUCUCAGUGGAGUUUGUACAAGGAAGUGAUGCUGGAGAAUUACAGCAACCUUGUGUUCCUGGGUCUUGCUUUGUCUAAGCCACAUCUGGUCACAGUUCUGGAACAAAGUACAGAGCCUUGGAGUGUGAAGAGAAAAUCGGCAGCUGCCAGCCAUUCAGGGGCUACUCUCCUUCAGGGAUGUGGCCAUUGAUUUCUCUGCAGAGGAGUGUGAAUGCCUGGACCUUGCUCAGUGGAAUCUCUACAGGGAUGUGAUGUUGGAGAAUUACAGCCACCUUGUGUUCCUGGGUCUUGCUUUUUCCAAGCCAUACCUGGUCACAUUUCUUGAGCAAAGAAAGGAGCCCUGGAAUAUUAAGGGACCAGGACCAGUUGCUGCAUAUGCAGGAAUAAAACCUUAUGAAUUUAAGGAAUGCAGCAAGACCUUUCCUUGGAAUUCACUUCUUAUUCAACACCAUAAAAGUCAUCCCGGCGAAAAACUUUACAAAUGUGGUGAAUGUGGUAAGGCUUUUAAUGUUCGCUCAACACUUUAUAAACACCAUAGAAUUCAUACUGGAGAGAAACCCUACAAAUGUAAAGAAUGUGGCAAAGCUUUCACAUGUUCUUCAAGCCUUAACCAACACCACAGAAUUCAUACCGGGGAGAAACCCUAUAAAUGUGAAUGUGGCAAAGCCUUUAAUAACUCUUCAGCUCUCACUCAGCACCAGAGAAUCCAUACUGGAGAAAGACCAUACAAGUGCGAAGAAUGUGGCAAAGCCUUUAAUAACUGCUCAGCCCGUACACGUCACCAAAGAAUUCAUACUGGAGAAAGACCCUACAGAUGUACAGCUUGUGGCAAGGCCUUCAACUUUCCCACAUCACUAUCUCAACACCAGAGAAUCCAUACCGGAGAGAAACCCUACAAAUGUGAGGAAUGUGGGAAAGCCUUUAACUGUUCUUCACAUCUUAAACAACACAGAAUUAUUCAUACCGGAAAGAAACCCUACAAAUGUAAAGAAUGUGGCAAAGCUUUUAACUGUUCUUCCAGCCUUAACCAACACCGUAGAAUUCACACUGGUGAGAAACGCUAUAUAUGUGAGGAAUGUGGCAAAGCCUUUAAUAAUUGCUCAGCUCUUACUCAACACCAAAGAAUCCACAGCGGAGAGAAACCCAACAAGUGUGAAGAAUGUGGCAAGGCCUUUUAUAACUGCUCAGCCCUUUCUCGUCACCAAAAGAUCCAUACUGGAGAAAAACCCUACAAAUGUACAGAUUGUGGCAAGGCUUUUAUUUUUCGCUCAUCACUUUCUCAGCACCAGAGAAUUCACACUGGAGAGAAACCCUACAAAUGCAAAGAAUGUGGCAAAGCCUUUAACUGUUCUUCACACCUUAACCAACAUGGAAGAAUUCACAGUGGAGAGAAACCUUAUAAAUGUGAAGAGUGUGGCCAGACAUUCAUCUGUUCUUCAUACCUACAUAAGCAUCAGAAGAUUCACACUAUGGAGAAACUCUAUGAAUGCAAAGAAUGUGGCAAAGCCUUUAGCUGUUCUUCAUAUCUUAAGUAUCACCAGAGAUUUCAUACUGGGGCAAAAUCUUACACAUGCAAAGAAUGUGACAAAACCUUUAGGUCAUCUUCAUACCUUAGGAAUCAUCAGAGAUUUCAUACUGGAGAGAAACCAUACACAUGCAAAGAAUGUGGCAAAGCGUUUGUUAAUUCCUCGAGCCUUCUUGUACACCAAAGAAUUCACACUGGAGAAAAACCAUACAAAUGCAAAGAAUGUGGCAAGGCCUUUAGGUGUUCUUCUUAUUUUAAAUAUCAUCAGAGACUUCAUACUGGAGAGAAACCCUACACAUGCAAAGACUGUGGCAAAGCCUUUGCUAAAUCUUCAUGUCUUAUUCUGCACCAAAGAAUUCACACUGGUGAAAAACCCUACAAAUGUGCAGAGUGUGGCCAGGCCUUUAUCUGUUCUUCAUACCUGAGGAAGCACCAGAGAAUCCAUACUGGUGAGAAACCGUAUACCUGUGAAGAGUGUGGAAAAACUUUUAGCAUUUACUCAACCUUCACUCAACACCAGAGAAUUCAUACUGGAGAAAAACCUUAUAAAUGCAAGGAAUGUGAUAAAGCAUUUAAUAAUCAUUCAGCCCUAAUUAAACAUCAAAGAAUUCAUACUGGAGAAAAACCCUACACAUGCAAAGAAUGUAGUAAAGCCUUUAAUAAUAGCUCAAGCCUUAUUCGCCAUCAGCGAAUUCAUACUGGAAUGGAAACCCUAGAAGUUCAAGGAUUGUGGCAAGGCCUUUAGUAAUAGUUCAACUCUUAGCUCCAAAAACUCUGUUAGUGAGAAAGUAAAAUGGAAAAAAGGUGACUAAUAAGUGUUUUAUACAUAUACAGUGUAAAAAUUCACACAUGAAAGAAACUCUCCAAGUUCAAAUAGUGUCGCAAGUCUGUUAGCUUUUCUUCAUAUAGCAGAGGAUUUGUAUUAUAAAAAUAUAAUGUUAUCAGGGUUUUUAAUGAAUUCUCACUCCUCAUCAGUGAAUCCAUGCUUCAUAAAAAUCUUAGCAUUUAUCAACUUUGGAAGGAACUCUGUCCACUAUGUGUGAGCAAAGUAGUUAUGCUUGAAGAAAUUGUGUAAACAUAAAGAGUGUAGCAGAGCUCAUACCUCAGACUUAAUGGAUAUGAGAAUUACUAUAGGUGGUCAAUCCUAUGAAUAUAUAGAAUAAUGUAAGUAUAAACUAAAUAUUUCUUAUAAAUUAUGGGACAUUAUUUGAUGUGAUAGAAAUUAUUGCCAACAUCAGAAUUACGCACUUAACUCAUCUCAGUAAGGAUAUGAAUUUGUGAAUGAAACCACAUUUACUAUGUAGCCUCAUGUUUGAAAACAGAAGCUAACGCAACUUUAAACUGUGUUAAAAGAACAAGACUGGUUCCUGACUGAUUUUAGUCUAGUUUUUCCUACAGAGAACAUAUAGUAGGUAUAAAAUAGAGGUUUACUUCCUUAAAUAAACAAAUUUGAAUGAUUUGUAA